AUGGGCAUGACGGUAGCUGAGACGACCAAGAAGCCGCUGCCGCCCAAGCUUGUCAUGACCGAGAACGCGUACCUCACGCAGUACAUGCACACGCUCCAAGAGAAGCUGCUGCAUCUCCAGACGCGACAGACGACGCUGCUGCCGUGGGCCGACGUCGUUCGCGCGCUGGCCGACGAGACGCUGCAGUGCGUCCACACCAAUCGCCAGCUCUGGCGCCGCGUAAAUGACCACGCUGCGUUCCUGGAGCUCUUGCACGCGUGGAGUCAGCGCACAUUGGAUCCGACAUCGCCGAGCCACUGGUCGCGUUCGCCAUGCCUCUUUGGUGGAGAUGUCCUGCCGCGCCACUUUGCCGUCAAGUGGCUCGCGAUGCAAAUGUACCACCAGCGCGACACGGUGUUCGCGCACGCCGACGCGUUUGGCCACGAGGAUGCUUCAUUUGUCCGCGCGCAGCCGACGGGCGGGUUUGUGGGAGCUGCUCAGCUCUUUCUGCCGCACGCGAUUGACUCGAUCGUUGACGCGUGGGUGAUGGCCCAAGCCGCAUAUGCCGUGCACUCGUCGACCAUGUCGGUGGUGGUCACGUCGCCCGAGGUUGACAUUGUGUACGCCCGGGAGGCCACGGCGCUGAGUCCGACCCAGUGGCUUGUGGGCAACUGCAUUUACGGCCGCUUUACGAAGCGCGAUUCCAAAGCAACAACGAUUGUUUUGCGGACAAUCACGGACGACGAGAUGCAACCGAUCGAUGCACCGCUCUGGACGACGGGCUGUCAACUCUGGUACGGUGGUUUUGUGAUCUUGAAUCAUGUUUUUUGGAUUUACAAAUUGAUGGUGGCAGGCUAUCAAUCGCGAAAGCGACCGACCAUACCACGUGCGUCAAAGCCUAUUUUUCCAUGGACCACCCGCGGUCGUCCCAUGGUCCGAUUGAUUUGA